AUGAGGUCUGGGGCAUGCUGUGCACCCCUCUGGCCAGUGCAGGGUGGCCUAAGAUGGACAGCCUGCGAUCGUAGGCUGCGCGAGCUCGGAAGGCUGAAGCCACGAAUUGCCAUCGCGUUGCACAGCACAUGGUCACGCGUGUACGGUGGCCUCGGGGUUGCACUGAGUAUAAAAGACGCUCUUGUCUGGACACAAACAUCAAAGCAUUACAACCAAUCCCUCGAUUUCAGAACCCACUGCUCAACUACAUCGCAUCUCGCCUUUCUACCAUGCAUCCAUCUGCACUUCCUUCCGUCCAGGCCAAUCUCUCACCCCUGCGUGAUAUUAUCGCCAACGAAGGGGACCGCCUUUUACACCAGGGUCAAGACGAGUCCGGCCCCGCUGAGGUUGAGAUUGUCCCGUGGACCUUCGGACCUCCGAAUCGACCGCCUCCGGGCAAGCCCGGACCUAGGCCCAGGCCGAAGCGCGCAUGAUUCGGACCUCGACAACAACUAG